GUGUAGGUGGCCGGCUGGUCGACUCGUGCGGUGUUAAGUCAUAUGGUCGAUGAGCAUAGAGUCUAUGUUGAAGAAAGAGAUUUGGUGAAGAGACCACCCUCCAAAAUGGCAAGGCCAAGUCGUAGGCGGACUUACGGCACGGUGCGACACUUGCGCGCGCAUAAAAGACUUGCGAUCGCGAACGUCGGCGGGCGGCGACGCGCGGCGGGUAGGAGUGCGGGUCAGUGGCGUGCAGAGCGCGCCGCGGACGCCCGCACCGCAGUGUCGAGCAGCAACCCGCCAUGCCCGGCCCGCGCCUCUCCCGCGCCGCCUGACAGCAUGGCCCACUCGACCGCUACCACCACACGCAGCCACGCUCUGACGACGGUUUUAGGCUUUCCUGACCUUUCGUCACCGUCGUGUUAUGGCCAGUCGUGGCAGACCAUCACCACUCAUCCCUUUCAUACCGUCGUGACGUGCACGUGGACACUGCGGUGCCAACCUCAAAUGUUAUCAAUGCCUUUAGACUUUAAGGUGACACUAACAGAACAUUAACUAACACUGAAACAAUCUUAAUGACCCAAGUGCAAUACCUUACUUCGAGGGAAAAGUUCGAUGGACUAGUAUAUUUCAAUUCAAAAUCGUGUUUAAUGAGAGAGACUAGUUAACCUAAAAAGUGGACUGCGGUGGGGGUUGUGCUGUGUACUUAGCUCUGCCUCUAGUUGUUAAAUGAACAUCCAGGGAUUAUAAGAGACUUACAAUUUACGGCUUUACGUCGUAAAUACUACGUAGACACGUGAUUAUUAAAGGAGUGCUACCGUACAACCUGCCGCGCCCAUGCCCUUAAGUUCGGUUGGCGGCAGCGCAGGAGGCGGCGGGCGCGCAAGCGCGCGCGGCGCCAGCUGAUACCAUGGGCGGCGCGCAUCAGCCCGCUACUCCGGGGCCCACCUCGCUCUUCAUACUCUCCGACGAAAAUCCUAUACGGAGGUACACAAAGUUCAUCAUUGAGUGGCCACCCUUCGAGUACGCGGUGCUGCUUACCAUCAUAGCCAACUGCGUGGUGCUGGCGCUGGAGGAGCAUUUGCCCAACGGCGACAAGACCAUCUUAGCACAGAAUCUGGAAAAGACCGAGGCGUACUUUUUAGGAAUAUUUUGUGUAGAAGCCUCGUUAAAAAUUUUAGCUUUAGGUUUUGUUUUACACAGGGGCUCGUAUCUUAGAAACGUUUGGAACAUUAUGGAUUUUUUCGUUGUAGUAACCGGUAUCGUCACGCUGCAGCCGAACAUCGCGCCGGAUGUCGACUUCAGAACCUUGCGUGCCAUUAGGGUGCUGAGGCCCCUUAAAUUAGUAUCGGGCGUCCCUAGUCUGCAAGUGGUGCUGAAGUCCAUCAUCAAGGCCAUGGCGCCACUGCUGCAGAUCGGAUUACUGGUGCUGUUUGCGAUCGUUAUAUUCGCCAUCAUCGGCCUGGAGUUCUAUUCCGGGGCUCUUCAUAAGACUUGUUAUAAUUUAGAAGAUAUUAAUGAAAUAAUGAAUGAGGGCGACAGUGCCACGCCGUGCAACGCAGACAACAAGAGUUUGGCGCCGUUGGGGGCCAACGUUUGCGAAUACGAUAAGAGCACGUGUUUAGAAAAGUGGGAGGGACCGAACAAGGGCAUCACGUCGUUUGAUAACAUCGGCUUCGCUAUGCUCACCGUCUUCCAGUGUAUCACGAUGGAGGGCUGGACUGCCAUCCUCUAUUGGACGAACGACGCUUUAGGCAGUGCAUUCAAUUGGAUUUAUUUCGUGCCUCUAAUAGUAUUGGGUUCAUUCUUUAUGCUCAACUUAGUUCUCGGUGUUCUUAGCGGAGAGUUCGCUAAAGAAAGAGAGAAAGUAGAAAAUAGGCAAGAAUUUCUUAAGUUAAGAAGACAACAGCAACUAGAAAAAGAACUCAACGGUUAUGUUGAGUGGAUAUGUAAAGCCGAGGAAGUAAUUCUAGCUGAAGAAAGAACCACCGAGGAGGAGAAAAUGCACAUAAUAGAAGCGCGGAGGAAAGCAGCGGCCAAAAAGAAGUUAAAAAACCUCGGCAAAAGUAAAAGCACCGACACUGAAGAGGAGGAGCAGGACGAGGAGUGCGGUGACGACGUUCCAAAGAAAAAGCAAGGUUUUUUGAAGAGCAAGACGCGAUCGGUGGGCAAGUGUGCAGACUUCUGGCGGGCGGAAAAGAGAUUUCGUUUUUGGAUCCGGCACACGGUCAAGACGCAGUGGUUCUACUGGUUCGUCAUUGUGCUGGUGUUGUUCAACACGAUAUGUGUCGCCGUCGAGCAUUAUAAACAACCAAAAUGGCUGACCUCAUUUUUAUAUUAUGCCGAAUUUGUGUUCUUGGGUCUUUUUAUGAUGGAGAUGUGGGUGAAGAUGUAUGCUUUGGGACCGCGGAUAUACUUCGAGUCUUCUUUCAACCGAUUCGACUGCGUGGUAAUAUCGGGCUCCAUAUUCGAAGUGGUGUGGUCCGAAGUGAAGGGCGGCUCAUUCGGCCUGUCUGUGUUGAGAGCGUUAAGACUGCUGAGGAUAUUCAAGGUCACGAAGUACUGGUCGUCUCUCAGGAACCUAGUGAUAUCACUCCUGAACUCCAUGAGAUCUAUCAUCUCACUGCUGUUCCUAUUGUUCUUGUUUAUCCUCAUCUUCGCUUUACUCGGCAUGCAGUUGUUCGGCGGCCAGUUCAACUUCGAGGAGGGGACGCCGCCGACUAACUUCAAUACCUUCCCUAUAGCGCUGCUUACUGUCUUCCAGAUUUUAACAGGUGAAGAUUGGAACGAAGUGAUGUAUCACGGCAUCGAAUCACAGGGUGGCAUACAGAAGGGCAUGAUCUACUCUUUGUAUUUCGUUAUACUGGUGCUUUUCGGGAACUACACUCUGCUCAACGUGUUUCUUGCCAUCGCUGUCGAUAACUUAGCCAACGCUCAGGAAUUGACAGCAGCGGAAGAGGAACAGGUCGAGGAGGACAAGGAGAAGCAACUUGCAGAAUUGAAGAAAGAGAUGGGAGCGUUACACGCGGUGGACGGGAUACCACCUGAAGUAGAUUCUCCGUCGCCUACGACCAGGAAGAACAAAAAGAAAGAAGAGGCCAAAAAGGAGGAUGACGACGAGGUGCCAGAUGGACCAAAACCAAUGCUGCCAUAUUCGUCCAUGUUCAUUUUGUCACCCACUAAUCCAAUUAGGAGAGGCGCACAUUGGGUUGUAAAUUUAAAAUACUUUGAUUUUUUUAUCAUGAUUGUUAUAUGUAUGAGUUCUGCGGCUUUAGCAGCUGAAGAUCCUGUAGUUGAAGAGAGCGCCUGGAAUAAAAUAUUAAAUUUAUUCGAUUACGCGUUCACCGGUGUAUUCACCGUUGAAAUGUUACUCAAGAUUGUUGAUCUGGGAAUACUAUUUCACCCGGGUGCUUAUCUUCGCGACUUAUGGAACAUCAUGGAUGCUGCUGUCGUUAUAUGUGCCCUAGUAAGCUUCGGUUUUGAAAUCGGAGGUGUGAAAAAGGGCGCUCAGAAUCUAUCGACGAUAAAGUCGCUAAGAGUGUUGCGUGUGCUCAGACCGUUGAAAACUAUAAAACGAAUCCCUAAAUUAAAAGCAGUGUUUGACUGUGUGGUGAACUCUUUGAAAAACGUCAUUAACAUUCUCAUUGUGUAUAUAUUGUUUCAAUUCAUAUUUGCUGUAAUUGCAGUACAACUUUUUAAUGGUAAAUUUUUUCACUGCAACGAUAUCAGUAAGAAUACAUUUGAAGACUGCCAAGGGUCGUAUUUCGUCUACGAGGCGAAUAGCCUGCUGCCGAAAGUAAGCAAACGGCAGUGGACGACGCAAUUCUUCCAUUACGACAACGUCGCCACUGCCAUGCUCACGCUUUUUGCGGUACAGACGGGAGAAGGGUGGCCACAGGUGUUACAAAACUCCAUGGCUGCUACGUAUGAAGAUAGGGGACCCAUACAAAACUUUCGAAUAGAAAUGUCCAUAUUUUAUAUAGUUUAUUUUGUGGUGUUUCCAUUUUUCUUUGUUAACAUAUUCGUAGCUCUGAUAAUUAUCACAUUUCAAGAGCAAGGUGAAGCCGAGUUACAAGACGGUGAAAUUGAUAAGAAUCAGAAAUCGUGUAUAGACUUUACUAUAGAAGCGCGGCCUCUUGAGAGGUAUAUGCCAAGCAAAAGGGCGAGUUUUAAGUACAAAGUGUGGAGAAUAGUAGUCUCUACGCCUUUUGAGUACUUCAUCAUGACUCUCAUCGUACUCAACACAUUGUUACUCAUGAUGAAGUACUAUAAUCAAAAUGACCUCUACGCGGAUAUCCUCAAGUAUUCGAAUAUGGGGUUCACUGGAAUGUUUUCUGUGGAAACGGUGUUGAAAAUCAUCGCUUACGGUGUCAAAUUUCACGAGGCUCCAACACUACUCAUGGACUCGUUAUCAUUAAUGAACCUCAUCUUUACGAUCUUCUUCCUUCUCGAGACCGUUUUGAAGCUGAUUGCCUUCGGAUGUCAGAAUUUUUUCAAAGAUCCAUGGAAUACAUUCGAUUUCAUAACGGUCAUUGGAAGUAUUAUUGACGCUCUCAUCAUGGAAUUGGGCAGCGAUCUACCAGAACACUGUGCCUCUGACAUUUCCUGUCAGCAGGAAAACACUUUCAACGUCGGUUUCCUCCGCCUGUUUCGAGCCGCGCGACUGAUCAAGCUGCUCAGGCAGGGUUACACCAUUCGAAUACUGUUGUGGACGUUUGUGCAGAGCUUCAAAGCCUUACCCUAUGUGUGCCUUCUCAUCGCGAUGCUCUUCUUUAUCUACGCCAUCAUUGGGAUGCAGGUGUUUGGCAAUAUAGACUUAGCACCCGACUCAGAUAUGAACAGACACAACAACUUUCAAAGCUUCAUUCAAGCACUCAUGCUACUAUUCAGAUGCGCAACGGGCGAGUCCUGGCCUAACAUCAUGCUGGCGUGCCUCAAGCCGGCGAAGUGCGACGAGAAGGCCGGGAAGAGUCCAAGCGAACCUUGUGGAAGCACGCUCGCUUACGCCUACUUCGUAUCGUUUAUAUUCUUCUGUUCAUUUCUUAUGUUAAAUUUAUUCGUUGCUGUCAUUAUGGAUAAUUUUGAUUACCUAACGAGGGAUUCGUCCAUCCUCGGCGCACAUCACCUUGAUGAGUUUGUUAGAAUAUGGGCCGAAUAUGACCCAAAUGCCACCGGAAAGAUCCACUUUACGGAAAUGUAUGAUAUGUUAAAAAAUAUGGAUCCUCCGCUGGGGUUUGGCAACAAGUGUCCGAAUAGGUUGGCCUAUAAGAAAUUAAUUAGAAUGAAUAUGCCGUUAGACGACGAAGGGAAGGUUAAUUUUACUACAACUCUCUUCGCGUUGAUACGGGAAAAUUUAAACAUCAAGAUGAGAUCAGCGGACGAGAUGGACCAAGCAGAUGAAGAGCUGAGGGAAACGAUUACUCACAUAUGGCCAUUGCAAGCGAAGAAAAUGUUGGAUUUGCUGGUGCCUCGUAACGAUGUACUCAAUACAGGGAAAAUGACCGUCGGCAAGAUCUACGCGGGCCUCCUCAUCCUCGAGAGCUGGAGAUCGACUAGGUUUGGCCGGAAUCCUCAGGGCGUUACGGCAUUCGGCGAGAAUAGCCCUACGGCCAAUCAGCCGAAGGCGUCCUUCUUUAACUGCCUGUUGGACGUGGCGGCGGGACUGGGCCCGGGUUCGCGCGCCGGCUCGCUGAGUCACGAGCCGCCCGUCGCCCUGCCGGCCGCUGCCCAUCCCGAGGACCACGACUCUCACACCCUCGCCGACCUCGCCCGCCGCAACACCAGAAAGUCACUCAAGAACAAUAAAAAGGUGUUGGAGUUGCAAGACGUAGCUUCACAUCACGCCUCUAUAGAAUCUCUGGACGAGGCGCGACUAACGGCGCCGCACACCUACCAAAACGGUCACCACGGCAGGUCUUCCAGUUUGAGACGGACACCAAGUCCGAGGCGGCGUGGCCACUACGGGGGCUACCACCACGACAUCGGGUUCUCGGACACGGUCAGCAACGUUGUCGAGAUAGUGAAGCACGAACAUCAGCGGCACGGCCGCUCACAUCGUCCGCCACACCACUACCAUCCCCAUGCAGGGAAGGAGUGGAGAGCGCCGCACCCAACGACCAGCCUGAGCCAGCCCUCGCGGUCGCCCAGCCCGCCACACCACACCUACGUUUGGGCUCCAAUAGGUGAAAGAGAGCGGGAGAGGGACCGCGAGUGGCGAGCUUGGCGGGACCGGUCGUGGGAGAGGGACGGAGCGCGGCGUGGCCGCGGUCGGCAGCUCCCACCCACGCCUACCAAGCCGUCCACGCUGCAGGUCAAGCAGCAGCCACCGUUCACUCGAAUCACCCAUAGCCCCUCUCAUUUAUCAUUGAGGCAAACGGUGCGGGACCCGGUGGAGCCUUUGCACGAUGAGUACGAGUAUGGCCGAGAAGUAGAAAGACUGAUACACCGAGACUAUAGAUCUAGAGAUAGUAUUUGCAACAGACGCGGGCGAGGCUACGAGAGCGAGCGGGGAGGGCGGUCGUACGAGCCAGUAGCGCCGCUGUCGUACGAGGCCGCGCUGGCGCUAGGUCGCGGCGGCGGCGGCGCGCGCGCGCUUCCCUCGCCCGCGCCGCCCUCGCGACUGCCCAACGGGUACAAGCCGCGCGCGCGCCACUCCGACUCCGACGAGGACGACUGGUGCUAGCGGCGCCGACGCGCGCGCUCCCAGAGAGACGUGCGCGCCGCCGCGGACCCCGCGACUCACGCGCACACCUUCUGAAGCGUCGCGCCUGGCCCGACCCACGACAACACGCCUCGAACGAUCUCGUUUUUUACUCGGC